GUCGCAUUGGGUUGAGUUCGCUUGAUAUAGAUAGUAGUGGAUUAGCCCCCGGUGGCUAAUUGUUACCCCGGCUUUUUCUAUCACUUUCUUCUGCUUGUCGAUACUCUAGUCUGAGUCCAGACGAAACAGCUGCCGCCGACGAUACUGACGCAGGCGGCGAUCACAACAUCAUGGCGGCUGCUUUGGAAAAUGCUGUUUUUGGCCUACCUCACCCGCUGGAUGAGAAAGUGGUAUCCGAGGAUGUCACCGCUGAGUCCUCGCUCCGAAGUCAUGACACUGCAGCGGACGUCUACCACCUCGAUGCUAAAGGAGACCGUGUGCUCACGACCAAGAUUGACUUCAAAGUGAUUCCGAUCAUGGGCUUGCUAUACUUGGUCUGCUUUCUGGACAGGACAAACAUAGCUAAUGCUCGCUUGGCCGGCUUGGAGAAAGACUUGAAUAUGCCAUCGACCGGGUUUAAUACAGCAUUGUGGAUGUUCUACAUUCCAUUUGUUCUUUUUGAGGUUCCCAGCAACUGGAUUAUGGGUCUUCAUUGGAUCAAACCGAAUUUGUUCCUAGGUGCACAAAUGUUGAUUCUUGGUGUCUUGGCCAUGUGUCAGGGUUUCACUCACUCCUACGAAGGCCUCCUCGCCAUACGGUUCCUACUGGGCAUUGUGGAAACAGGCCUGCCUGCCGGUGCCGGUCUACUAAUUGCUUCAUACUAUCGCAAGAAGGAGUUAUCACUGCGAUUCGCCCUUUUCUUCUCUUUUGGUCAGCUGGGGGCCUGCUUCAGUGGUUUACUUGCAUAUGCGCUUAUGAGCCUAGAUGGGACUGCAAACUUAGCAGGAUGGAGCUGGAUCUUCGUUGUUGAGGGACUGAUAACUGUUGUCUUCUCAGUCUUUGUCUUCAUCUUCACGCCACACUUUCCGGCCCAGGACAAAUGGCUAAGCAAAGAGGAUCAGUCCCAGCUCCUUGCCCGCCUCCAAUGUGACAAGGGCGAGGAGAAACAACGUUUGGCUGGCAGGGUCAACUGGAAAAAGAUUAUUUUUGAUUACAAAAUCUGGCUUCUGACUCUUCUAUUCUUCUGUGCCGAUAUGUCUGCUGGGUCCCUUAGCUCUUUCAAUCCCACGAUCUUGAGUCAGUUAGGCUGGACCGAGCGCCGAGCUCAGGUUAUGACGAUUCCAGUGUGGAUUGUCGGUAUCGUCGGUGCACUAACAACAACUUUCUUUUCCGGGCGCCUCAAUAUGAGGUGGCCGUUCAUUAUCCCAGCAAUUCUUCUUAGUGUAGUAGGAUGGAUCCUUCACUUACUACAAGUCAACCCUCCCGGCGUGCGUUACUUUGCCCAGUUCCUGAUCGGCCUUGGUACCUUUGUCUGCAUGCCUCUAUACAUUGGUAUGCUGACUGCCAACCUCCGUGGCCGGGCUUCCCAGUCCUUCGGUACUGCGAUUGUGUUGGGUAUUGGCAACUGCGCCAACUUCAUCAGCAGUAACGUCUUUAUCACCACUCAGUUGCCUCGUUAUCCUGUUGGCUUUGGUACGGGAUUGGGCAUCACUGCACUUAGCCUCCCGGUGAUGUUGUUCACCAUGGCCAUUUUUAAUUAUCACAAUAAGAGGAUCGACAGGAAGAUUGCCGCACUACAGCCAGGCGAUGUAUUGGAUGACCAGGUUGACUAUAAACUCGUCUAUUAAUUCAUCUAUUAAGCGCGGUUCUUUCUGGUAUCAUUCAUUGUAGUCGUUUCCACGAUCUUUAAUUGGU